CCUCAGUUGUAAGAAAUAAUUAAAGCUGACACAAUCAUGAGUGCACGCGACGAGGCAUCCACAGCAUUUUUAAACAGUGACGCAGUGAAUGACGAAUUUUUCAUUGACAUUGUUGAGCGUAAAUUGAAAAUUACUCGAGAUCAGUUUAAGCUACGACUUGUUUUCAUCUCACCAGCCACAGGAAAGAAUGAAAAUUAUGCAUCGGUCGUGUAUCGUGCGAAAAUCAGAAUUGAAAUGCUCGAGACAAAAGAAUCGCAGCUUGUUGAUGUGAUUGUCAAGGCUUUAAUUUCACCAAUUGAGGAAAUGAAGGAUUUUGAAUUUUUUGAGCAUGAAAUUGUCGUCUAUAAAGAUGUUAUUGAAGAUUUUGAGAAUACAUUCUUGGAAAGAGCAAAUGAGGUUGUCGAGUUUGGUCCAAAAUGCAUUAAAAUUGACUACAAACCAUUUGAAAUCAUCGUCCUUGAUGACUUAAAGGAACAAAACUACAUCAUGGCUGAUCGAAAAGUUGGAUUGAACCUAGAACACUCCAAAUUAGUUUUAAGUAAAUUCGCAAAAUUCCACGCGGCAAGUGCAGUUCGUUAUCAAAAGGAUGGAAUGAUUAGCACAUUUCUCGACCGUCUUGCAAUGAUGCAGAAUCCCAAACUUAAUACCCCAGAACGGCUUGAGAAAAAUUCCAAAACCUUCCAAAUGAUGUUUGCAAAUUAUCUCAAAACAAUCAAGACUAUCGAUGGCUUUGAGACAAUUGCUGAAAAAAUAGAAAAAUGGGAUCCAUUAAGGUUAUUUUUGAUUUAUUUGGCACUAGCUGAGCCAAUGCAAGGUGGAUUAAAAGUAUUGAAUCAUGGAGAUGGCUGGUGCAACAAUAUGAUGUUUAAGUAUGGCGAAGAUGGGGAAGUUCUUGAUGUGAAAUUUAUCGACUUUCAGUUGUCAUUUUGGGGAAGUCCUGCAAAUGAUUUAAUUUACUUCUUUGUGUCUUCUGUUGCUGAUGAUGUUAAAGUUGCUCAUUUCGAUGAUUUGAUUCAAUUUUAUCACACUGAGUUGGUUGAUUCCUUGAAGAAACUGAAUUACGAUCAGACAAUUCCAACACUUUAUGAACUUCAUUUGGAUAUGCUGCAAAAAGGCGGAGCUUUUGGAUUCAACAUGAUGUUUGUCAUGUUUGUUGUUAAGUAUGACUCAGAUCAGGAAUUGGAUAUUUCUCAAAUGUUUGAUCAGACGAAAGGAGAUCCAGAAGCCUUUAUUAAUGCCUUUAAAAAUCCAAUUUACAAGAAGGCUAUUGAGACAUGGCUGCCAUUUUUAGACAAGAGAGGAUUUUUGGACACUUUCCUUCCAAAUGCUCCAGUAACUCCAUUUGUUCAAGCUAUAUUGGAUAACAUGCCUAAACCUGAAAUUUCAGUGCAGCCGGAAACUGAAGAGUAAAUAAAGUUUUGAUUUUUUAUUAAGGUACAAUAAAAUUAUAAAGUCGCACAAGACAAGCAAAAGUUAUGUCGCAGUUUAUUCUAAAAACAAUCAUCAAUUCCGAAAAUAUAUAAAUAACAUUAUCCAAUUUCCAAGCUUACAAUAAUCUUCAUUAAAAGUAUUAAUUUCCUUUAUUGCUGAAGGCCAUCAUGAAACUUUUCGGAUCCUGAAUGAAACUUAAUAUUUUAUAAGAAUAAAAAUGACAAACGAUAUUUUGUUGACAUAACUCCUUCUUUGUGCUUAAAACAAUAAUUUGAUUCAUAAAUAAAAGAGAAUCCUAACCUGCAG